GCGGCAAUCACCGAAAUUGUCAAAAGCAUUCAUCAUGUCUUAAGCAGUAAUCCACUCUGCAGCUUGUAUCGUAUUUUUGUCAUUUAUUAUCUACUCUUAUUAAUAAUUGGGUGUUGCGAUUGUUUAUCCAACCGAACGAUCUAAACACGGAGAAUGGCGUGGAGUUAUCUAACAAUUUUAUUUGUUUUUAUCGGCAGUUUGGUUUUUGCGGAAAAAAAAUUAUAUGGUGAGAAUGGAAUGAAAAAUUUAACAAAACUUGGAAAUUUCAGUGACUUUUGGAAUCUGGACUUGGAACCAAUUUUGAUACCUCGAGUCUCAGGGACACCUGGAAACAUUAAAGUUCGAGAGCAUAUUAUUUCUCGACUUGAAAGUUUAAAAAGUUGGACAAUAACAGAGGAUAAAUUUGUGCAACAAACUCCAAAUGGAAAAGUAAAAUUUUCAGACAUCAUUGCUACCUUAGAUCCAAAGGCACACAAGCAAGUCGUCCUGGCUUGCCAUUAUGACUCUAAGAAAUUUUAUGACUUUGAAUUCAUUGGCGCCACUGAUUCAGCUGUUCCUUGUGCAUUACUCCUGGCUUUAGUUAGGGAAUUACAGUGUCUCUUCAAAUAUAGACAGAAGAACUUAGAUACAACUCUCCAGUUAAUAUUCUUUGAUGGAGAGGAAGCUUUCAAGACAUGGACUGAGACUGAUUCUUUGUAUGGUUCCAGACACCUUGCUUCCAAAUGGCAAAAUGACCUCGAUGCCAAUGGGCGGAAUAAAUUGUAUUCAAUAACACACUUCAUUCUUUUGGAUUUGAUUGGCAGUUCCAAUAUAGUUUUCCAUAACUAUUUCCCUCAAGAAACAGACAGACUAUUUCAAAAUCUUGUAAAAAUUGAGCACUUGCUUUUAAGACGAAAUCUUCAAUACCGUGACCACUACAAUAUGUAUAAGUCAAUGUUCUCAACUGAACUAUUACAAUUCCCUCUGUAUGGCAUACAAGAUGAUCAUGUGCCCUUUGCUAAGAAAGGUGUGAAAAUCCUCCAUUUGAUUCCAUAUCCAUUUCCAAGUAUCUGGCAUCAACCAGGUGACAUUGAGAGGAAUCUAGAUAAAAGAUCUAUUGCAAACUUUAAAAAUGUAUUGACUGUAUUUGUUGCUCAUUACUUGAAACUUCCUUCCUGGCACAGAGAAUGUUCAUCCAGGUUUGAAAAGUGACUAUUCAAACAACCUAUAGCAACCAAUGGCAAACGGACAAUGCACACAUCAUUCAUCAAUGUCUAAAUUCAAAUUUGAUCAGUCAGAAGAUCUGAGUAAAUGUGAGUGACAAAACAAGAG